UUUUUUUUUAUUGAAUAUCAUAUUUUCUCGUAAAUUUAAAACAUUUACAAAUAUUUUUUUUUAACUCUUGAAUAAAGUCAUAAAAUAGUAAAACAUUAUUCUGCGUUGACAGCAGAGACCAUUUCUCUUAUGUUAUAUUGUUUAUUCAUUUGAACCUUACUCUUUAUCAUAUUAUAAUAAAUUGUAGAGAACACAAUGUUAAGUGUAUUACCGCCGCAUAAUAUAGCUUCUCAUACUGAAGUAAUAGCUUGGAAUGGGACUGUCCAAAAUGGGAUGUCAUGCAUGGUGACUCACAUUCCGGAAAAUGAUAAAAAUGGUAUGAUUAUCCACGCCACAGAUAACAACCAUUCCUCUCAUGAAAACGUGCUUCAUCAGCCAUCAUCAGUAUCAUCAUCUUCUUCAGAAGACAUACCGUGUGAAAAUCCUAUUCCAGGGAAUAAAAACAAAAAUUAUGAUGUUAAAAAUUAUCGUAAGAAUGCCUUAGUUGAAAAUCUUGUUGAUACGACCGUGCAAAUUAUUAACGUGAUUUGGAUUAAUUUUCCUGUACAUCUUAACUCUCAGGUUAUUCCACUUCGUUUAUUUAUUCAAGAGACUUUGCGUAGAUCAAGAACUUCUUGGUCUACACUUCAAACAGCUUUAUUUUAUCUUAUGAGAAUAAAGCCACAAAUAACUUUUCUUUGGCUUAAUCCUGAUCGUUGGACAUUGAAUUCUAAGGAUGAAAAUAAUAAUAAUAAUAGUGGUAGUGAUCCCGCUACUUGUGGACGUCGCAUGUUUCUUGCAUCUCUUAUCGUAGCUUCGAAAUACCUUCAAGAUCGAAAUUAUGCUAAUAAUGCUUGGUCAAAAAUAUGCGGUCUUCCCGUUCGGGAAAUAAAUGUAAUUGAAAGGCGUUUCCUUACCCUUAUAGAUUAUAAUUUGUUCAUAGGAGAAGACGUGUACAAAAGUUGGUCGAAUUUAUUACGUAAUCAUUUUCAAAGCAUUUCAGGUUCUGAAGGUUUAACCGCCGAAAAUCAACAAGUUGUAGCCCAAUUUGAAAAAACCCUGCAACAACCCCAGGCAGCUGAGUGUAAAGUACAGGGUUGAAGAAAAAAAAUUUUGAAAGAAGAUUUAAAAGGAUUGGGUUUCUUUUUAUAUCAAUAAGCUUCUUUUUUUGUAAAAUAAUUAUAUAUUUUUUUUUGUAAUUUCCUCUUCCUUUUUUUUAACAAAAACGAAAAAACUAUUUUUUUUUUUUCCAUCACAGUCCGCACCAGUUCAUUAAUGUUUUUUUUUGUCAUUCUCAUUUUUAAGAUUUUUAAGAUGUCCCCCC